CAGCGCCCGCUGGACGUUACCAGGGAGUCGUUCCCGUACGAGACGCAGUUCAACAUCCUGAUGCGGUUCAUCGUGGAUCAGACGCAGACCCCCAACCUGAAGGUGAAGGUGGCCAUCCUGCGCUACGUUCAGGCUCUCUCUCAGCUGAUGGAUCCCGCAGACUUCUCUAACUCCAGCGAAACUAGACUCGCCGUCUCUCGGAUCAUCACCUGGACCACGGAGCCCAAGAGCUCCGACGUACGCAAGAACCUCCACAGCUGGGGGGGGGAGGUCUCAGGUCCACCCAGCACCGUGGGGGACACACACCUGGAGGACAGGUGUAAACAGGCUGCUCAGGUGGUGCUGAUCUGUCUCUUUGAGCUGAACACUCCUGAGUUCACCAUGCUGCUCGGCGCUCUGCCCAAAACCUUCCAGGACGGAACGACCAGACUGUUACACAACCACCUGAGGAGCAGCAUGGUGUCCUCUGGUUCCCCUGCAGGCCGGACCCCCCCUCGCCCCCUCACCUCCCCCACAAACUGCUCCCCGGGGGGUCUCUCUCCCAGCCUGCUGGAUCUGGACAGUGAGAUCUUGAACGCUGAGGAGAUCUUCUCGUCUCUGCGAGGCGUCACUGAGGCCAUCCAGAACUUCAGCUUCCGCAGCCAGGAGGAGCUGACAGAGCCCCGGAGGGACGGCAAGGGAGGAGGUUGGGAUUGGUCCCAGAAUCUGAUGGUUUUUGGGGGGGCCGCACAGACGCUGGGACAAUAAGACGUCCUGCUGAACACGGCCCCCCCACGCUCCUUCUGCGGCCCCCGCUCAGAGACUACAACCCGUUCAACUACUGCGACAGCAUCGGAGCGAUGGAGGACGACGGAAGCAGACAGGAGGUGUGUGGAAAACAAGAUGAGCCCCAAGAGCUUCCCAG